CCAUUGUGGUCUUCUCUCCUAAUUGCGUCAUAACUUAGUAAUUUGUUUCACUCCUGAUUGACCUUGCGCUAAAGAAGGGUCAACAUAUGUAGGCUACUCAAGCUAGGCCUCCAUGCCGAAGAAGAAACGCUCUAAGAAGCAAGUUCCGACGCAAUCCACGCGGGAUGCUGUGAUACCUCAAGAAUGGAGACUUCCCGCGGAACUCUUCACCAUGAUACUCAAGGAAGUCAACUCCCCGCUCGCUCUAGCCAAUGCGGGUUGCGUAUGUCAUGCCUUCCGGACAGAGGUAGAACCGCGCUUGUACCGCGAAAUCCACGUCUCCCUCGGGGUUCCUCGCCAACUUCGCAGCCUCCAGUGUGCGCUGGCCUCAUCGCCUCACCGCGCAUCCCUCGUCCACAUUCUUCGAGUUGAUGACGACAGGCAUGCGAAGUCCGGUUGUGCAACGUUCAACAAGAUUCUGCCGGAGCUCGUAAACCUCACGGACCUUCAACUCAACGUGGAGUACUGCUGUACGCAGCCGACUCUAUAUAACAGCAUUCUUUGUACUCUCAACAAAUGUCCUUUCAGCUUGACGUCCUUCGCGUGUCACACGACGCACAACAAGGAGCUCAAGCAAUUCUUGGACAAGCAGACGCAGAUCGAAUCCUUGGUCGCGAGACACGGCCACAUCCUUGACAUGGUCGAAUGGGUAUUAUCGAACGACGCCCUCCCGAACCUGAGGUGGCUGCACACAUAUGACAGCUUCUUUGUCCGUAACAUGCAGGCGGACCGCCGGAAGAUCGCCCACCUUGACUGGUCCCUCGGUCACACGUACUCCGGCUCGAUGAUCCACGCCUUAAGCGACCAGAUCGUUGAAUUCGCUUACCGCAGGACCUUCGUGUGCAGCUCUGACUACAUCAGCCACCCCACUGCCCUGUUCCGAGACCACGAGCUCCCUCAUCUCAAGCACCUCAAGGUAGUCGAUCAAAUAGAGGAAGUGAGCAAUCCCGUCAUAUACCAGUUCCACGACUAAUCAAAAGCACCUCGUCCCAGCCUAUGCCGUGGUUCCCCGGGCUCAGCCACGUAGAAUACAUGACACGCCAGCCCCUUACUCUCGAGACGUUCACAUGGG